AUGACGUUUCACGCUAAAGCGGUCGAGCUCUUCACAGUAGCAUAUCAACAAAUAGCAGACAUAAACGACAAAGCUGAUUUAGAGAAUUUCAAAAGGAAACUACGAUCACCGGAAAAACAAGUCAGCACUGGAAUAUCGGCGCGCUCUUCAUCGCUAGCAUCGUUGAUGAAUCAACAAUCGCCGUCAAGAGAGGAUGGCGACAUUACGAACUUGGGUAGAAUAAGAUCGCCAGAGAAAAACAUCGCAAGGUCCAGCUCAUUAGCAGCGCUGAUGAGCCAGUCGACGUCUAAGAGUGAGGAGGAUACAACGGAAUCGGAAACAGAUGUCGAAAAUUCAUCAGAGGAAACAGAGUCUCGU